AUGAAGCUCUUCCCCCAUCUCACCACCGACCUCUCCUCCUGGGCCCAACGCCAACCCGUCUUCUUCACCGGCUCAGCCGGCAAACACGCCGCCCACAUCAACGUCUCCCCCAAGGGCAUGACCGACACGCACUUCGCCAUCCUCACCCCCAACCGCUGCGCCUACAUCGACCGCACCGGCUCCGGCUGCGAGACCAUCUCCCACGCCUACGAGAACGGCCGCCUGUGCAUAAUGUUCAUGUCCCUCGGCGACACCCCCCGCAUCAUGCGGCUCUUCUGCCGCGCCCGCGUCGUCGAGUACAACGACGCCGAGUUUGCGCCGCUCGUCCGCGCCAUCGCCAAGGGAAAACGCGACGCCUUUGACGGGGCGCGCGCCGUCAUCGUAGCUGACAUAUGGGAGGUGCAGACGUCGUGUGGGUAUGGGGUGCCCCGUGUGAAGAGGGGUCUGUACGUGGCUGGUGAUGAGAGGCCGGAGGAGUUGCUGCAGAAGGGAUUUAAUGGUGAGGGCGUGGGCGAGAAGGGGAGGCUGGAUGAGCUGUGUGUGUUUGAGGCGCGGCCGACUAUGGAUGUUAUGCUGGCGAAGAAGGCGGAUGGGAAUGGGAUCAGGGAGUAUCAGACGCUGAAUAAUAGGGAUAGUAUUGAUGGGUUGCCGGGGUUGAGGGUUUGUAGGAGGGAUGCUGGCGAGGUGUUGUGGUUGGGGGAUCUGAGGGCGUGGGUGAGGAGGGUUGCGAGGGAUUGGGAGGCUUUGGUGGUGGGAUUUGGGAUGGCGGUUUUGGUGUUUUUGCUGGGGAGGGUGAUGGGCGUGGUUUAG